CGCCGUGCCGGUGGAUGUCAAAGGCUGGCGCGGCGGCGGCGGCACAGUAUAACUCGUGGGGCUGCCGCGGCCAUGGCCACAGCCGCCUCCAACCCCUACGGCCUGCUGGGCGCCGGCGCGCUCGCCCACGCCGAGGGCGCGGGCAUGCAGCAGGGCAGCCCGUUCCGCAGCCCGCAGAAGCUGCUGCAGAGCGAGUACCUGCAGGGCGUCCCCGGCAAUGGGCACCCGCUGGGGCAUCACUGGGUCACCAGCCUGAGCGACGGCGCGCCCUGGCCCGCGGCGCUGGCGGGCGGCCCGCUGGAGCAGCCCGACGUGAAGCCGGGCCGCGAGGACCUGCAGCUGGGCGCCAUCAUCCACCACCGCUCGCCCCACGUCUCCCACCACUCGCCCCACGCCAACCACCCCAGCGCCUGGGGCGCCAGCCCGGCGCACAGCGCCUCGCUGGCCGCCCCCCCCGCCGCCGCCGCCGCCGCCGGGCAGCCCCUGAGCGUGUACUCGCAGGGCGGGUUCGCGGUGGGCGGCAUGCUGGAGCACGGCGGGCUCACCCCGCCGCCCGCCGCCGCCGCCGGACAGGGCUUGCACCCGGGGCUGCGCGGCGAGGCCGGCGGCGAGCACGGCGAGCUGGGCGGCCACCACUGCCAGGACCACUCGGACGAGGAGACGCCGACCUCGGACGAGCUGGAGCAGUUCGCCAAGCAGUUCAAGCAGCGCCGCAUCAAGCUGGGCUUCACCCAGGCCGACGUGGGGCUGGCGCUGGGCACCCUGUACGGCAACGUCUUCUCGCAGACCACCAUCUGCCGCUUCGAGGCCCUGCAGCUCAGCUUCAAGAACAUGUGCAAGCUGAAGCCGCUGCUGAACAAGUGGCUGGAGGAGGCCGACUCCUCCACCGGCAGCCCCACAAGCAUCGACAAGAUCGCGGCGCAGGGGAGGAAGAGGAAGAAGCGGACCUCCAUCGAGGUGAGUGUCAAGGGCGUGCUGGAGACGCACUUCCUCAAGUGCCCCAAGCCGGCCGCCCAGGAGAUCUCCUCGCUGGCGGACAGCCUGCAGCUGGAGAAGGAGGUGGUGCGGGUCUGGUUCUGCAACCGGCGGCAGAAGGAGAAGCGCAUGACCCCUCCGGGCGAGCAGCCGCAGCACGACGUGUACUCGCACGGCGUGAAAACGGACACGGCCUGCCACGACCUCUGACCGCGGGCUGCGGCCCCGGGACUGCCCGGCCGCGGGACUGCCCGCCGGGCUUUAACUUAUGGUUUCGGGAGACGCGGCGAGGGGUGCCCGCCCGCCGCCGCCUCGGCAAUAUUUUUUUUUUUUUUUUUUUUUUCCUCUCUCCGACCUUUCCGCUGGUCACACACGGUGUUUACUCGCAGACAAGGUUUGUUUUCGGUCUCUGCUAGGACGAAGGAAAAGAAAAAAAAAAAAAAAAAAAAGACACAAAAAAUACCCCACCAACCAACCAACCCCACCGCAAAACAAAACCCAAACAGAAAGGAAGAAAAAAAAAAAAAAAGAGAAAAAAAAAAAAAAAGGGAAAACCCACGGAAAAAUGGGGAAAAAAAAAAAAAAGAACGAAAGACCCGACAGAAAAGGAAAGACAGAUGUGUGCCUAUGAAUAACCUUCCAGCGCCUUGGUUAUAUCAGCUGUAUUUCAGGUGAAUCUGUUUUACAAUAGACUAGUUUUGCAUUUUUAAAGACUUAUAUAGCGUUUUUAAAUGUCUGAGGUGUUUUACUACAAACUGUACACAAUAUUUGUGACCUAAUUUGUAUCGAAUUGAGCAGUCCAAACGUUCCUCCCUUCCCCAAGCACCGGCAAUGUCACCCAGCGGGGCCGGGGCAGGGCGGCCGCGGCCCUUCCUCACCCCCCCCCCGAGGAGAUGGGGCUCCCUCCGCGCCCGCGGAGCCCCGCGGAGCCCCGCACCGAUGUGAAGAACAGGCUUAUUUGUUGCAGCUUUUUUUCUUCCUUUUCAAGAACUUCCCAACACCGUAAAACGGUCGGGUCACAAGCCUGACCUCCCCUCUCCCUUCUUCUCACAAGGAAAAAAAAUUAUAUAUAUAUAUAUAUAUAAAAUAAUUAUUUCUAGGAGGUUUACCCGAAAUUAAGCAUCACAACCAAACCCGUGGCAUUUGCCAGUCUUUUCUUUCCGAAGAUGAGUUGGGCUUUUUGAUCAGCGCCAGACUGAGAGGUCUGUAGUAAAACACCUUUAUCCUUCUGCGCUUUCGCUUCGGAAAUCGGUUUCUCUGUAUUUUGUUUCGAUAGUGAAGAGGAAUGAGGUGUCGGGGGGGAGGGAGGAAGGGAGGGAGGGAAGAGGACAGAAAACGCCCGCAUUUGGUUCACGCUGAGCUUCUUUCCGCGUCGCAGGGAGAUGCUGGAUUUGUGGAAAAGCUUUUCUAAGGGGGGGGGGGGGGAAG